AUGACUAAGGUCCCCAUUCAUAAGAUCCCCCACAUCUUGUUCGCCACUACCGGUACCCGGUCUCACCCAAUCUUCGCGUUCUUCCCAGCAAUGUACGAACCCGAGUGUUCAAUCUUCCUCAGCGACAAAAUGUAUGCGACGUUCUAUGACCAUCUCCUACACCCGGCCCUCGAACAACUCUCAUAUAGGGCACAGUCAGCAAGGUUUUCCAGUGAUGCAGUUUCCCAAACUUCCCAGCAUAUUCCCCCAAACUUCAUCGCGGCGCAGAACGCUUCCAGGGCCAAACUGGAGAAGUCCGGCAAGGGCGGUGGCGCGCAUGGGAGUCCGAUUGGCAUUACCAUUAACCCAUCGAAAGAUACCAUGGUCUGGAACCACAUGGUGCAGGAACUCGACAACGUCCACGCGUCUCGGGAGUCCACCCUCCUCCAGUUCACCGGCAUGUUCUUUCUUUACAAUGCCAAGGGUCUGAAACUCGAAACGCAGCGGCAGAGGGUCCUCUCGGAAUGUAUCGAAGACUUUGCAUUCGAACAGGCUGAACACUUCAAAGAGGUUUUGUCUGUCGAGAACCAGAAUCGGCAGUACAUUGACGUCGCAGCAGAGGUCAUGUCAGUCCCCGAUGGGAAUUAUCCGCAAGGCGCGACGCUGCUCGCCAAACGCUGCUAUGGGCAGCUCAGGGAAUCUCGCAGAGCCAGCAGCCGUCGGUCGGAAAGCGGAAGCGACUCUGACGCCGGGGAAGACGACCAGGCAAUAACAGUGGCUAGAGGGCCUCGUGAUGCGGCGUUUCAGCCACCCCACAUACCGAGGGCCACUGUGACCGAAUACCCCAUCGGCCUCCUCAGAGAUACCGUAACACUUACGGCCGAGCCCAAGCGCAACCACCCCCACACCAACGACGGGCUGAUAUACUUACAGUCGUAUAGCCCGCUCAAGGAGCGAAUGGACGCAAAGAAGAUCUACCCCUUCUCCCACCCCGGCAUCGCCAACCUGGGCUAUAGUGAGGCCGACCACAACAGCAUCAACAUUCUCCAAAGGACAAAUAACAACCGGUCAGAGGCAAAGAGCGCAGACAUCCGAUCCAGAAAGCGUAUCAAGGAAGUUCUGAAGCAUACCAGAACCGAGAACUUUGGAUGGCGUACUGAGUUCCGGGUGACCCUCGGUCUCGCGCACGUCAUUUGGGAAGAAGACGAAUGCUGGGCAAAAUUUCUUGGCGAAUUUUCCCAGGAGACGCGAAUCCAGAACUCCGGACUAUCUACCAGGGUUAUCUCCUCAGGGCAAGCGCAAGCUGACGUGAAUAACAUCACAUUCCCCUCUGAUGCUUUCCACAUCUAUAGGACCAACGAGUUCAGGAACUUCUUGCAGGGUAACAUCCAGAAGCAUCUCAUAGUGGUCGACACCAUCAGAGCUCUGUAUAGUCCCAACCAGGCCACACCAUUGGAGGUUGCAAGACUGCAUGGGCUGCUUAUCCUUGGUCUACGACACUUCAUCUCGCAUCUCUCGCCAAGUGAAGCCUGGAUGCUCAAUAACCCGCUUCGCCGUUCCAACCUUGAGACUAGGAAGCCCGGCUUCGGAUUACGAGAAACAAUGGACCGGUUUGGCUUCGGGUUCUUCCACCACGGCAUAGUCGAUUGGAGAGAUUUCAAGAUCUCCAAGGAGUACAUCGAUAGUGUGACUCUCCCGGGCUUCCAAGUUGUCACAAGAUAUCUGCCUGUCGUCGAGUACCAGGAAACCCGGUCAUUCCUUGACGAGCUUCUCGAGAUCAUCGACAAACAGACGCCAAGAGAGAUUUCCGAAUUUGUUCUCGAGAAAUGCGUCCACCUCAUACUCCAGAACUAUCGCCAAGUGGCGUUCCUCAAGUUGCUUGGCCAGAAAGAAAAGCAACCCCCAACGCCGGUUAGUGGCCGUUCUUUCUGUUUGCAGGGGCUACAACAAGAGGCCAGGAAAAUCGGUAGGGACGUCGGCAUGAUCAAGGGCAAUAAGUCCUACUUCAAAAAAAUGCAUACCUUUUUCGUUUGGACGUGGGAGAAGACCGAGAUCGGUACUCUCAACGAGAAAGGCAGUUCUUUUGCGACGGUCGAACGAUUGACACAGAUACUGGCAUACCGUUUCUUCGAGCAGCAUACCGCGCUGCCAUACCCAGAUAGCAACGGCUCGAUGCAACAAGUUAGAAGAGAUAGUGUCACGGCGCGCAACGGCCGUAGCACACUAUAA